AUGUUUAGUUUAGAUAAUUUAGUUAUUGUUUUUUUUAUUUUUGUUUAUUCUGUAUUUAAUUCCCUCAUCUACACAAUCAUCCUCAACCGUUAUUACUAUCCACAACAACAAACCAAUAAUAAUGGAAUGUUUACUAAAGAGGAUGUAGAUCGUCUCUUGGAAAACUAUAAUAAAGAAAUUAAUUUAAAGAUUUCCAAAGAAAAAGCUAUACUAUUAAAAGAAAAUGAGGAAAUUCAAAAUAAAUUGAAAAAAAAACAAAUCAAAUCUUCAAAACUAAAAGAUUUGCUAUUAGAUUAUGAAAAUAAAAUGGAAGAGGUACUAAAGCAACCUUUACCAGUACCAGAUUCAUUAAAAUUAAGAAAAGCUUUGGAAGAAAAUGCACAAUUUAAAAAGAAAACUUUGGAACUUGAGGAAGCAAACUCACAACUUUAUAAUCAAAUCCAAGUUCAAGUUAAAAAAUGUAGUGACCUUAGAGUACAUGCCGAGGCAAAACUAGCUAAUGCAUCGGAGCAAUUAGAAGAAAUAAAAAAUUAA